UUUUAGCAUUUUCAUAAUGAGAGUCUCAUUUCUCAUUUCCUCUCUGGUGCUAAUACUAGAGUCGGCGGCUGUGGUAUUAUGAAACCGUGACAGUGAGUAUAGUUCUAUGGUAUAAUAUAAUAAAAGAACAAAAUGAGACAACAAGUAAUUGACACAAAGAUGAAUUCUCAUACGGCCGGAGAAGCUGAUGAAUGUCUUUUCGAAUAUUUACACACAGAAAUGGUUAAUUAUACUCUGAGUAAGGCGUCUAACAAAAAGGAAAAGGAGGAAGAGCUCAGUCGACUAGAAUGGAUGGGAUUCAGUGUUGGGUACAGAAUCAUUGAGCGAUUAACACGGGACUGCAGUCGAUUCAAAGAUGAGUUGGAUAUGAUAAAAUUCAUUUGUACAGAUUUUUGGUCCAGUCUCUAUCAUAAACAGAUUGAUAAUUUACGAACAAAUCACCAUGGUGUAUAUAUGUUGCAAGAUAAUUCAUUUCGAUUAUUAAAUAAAGUAGGUACCAAUUGCAAUAAACAGUAUCUUCAAGAAAGUCCACGCUUAUUAGCAUUUACUUGUGGACUUUUAAGGGGGAGCUUAGCAAAUCUUGGAAUAAUUAGUACUGUUAAUGCUGAAAUUUCUACAUUACCAAGCUGUAAAUUUCAUGUGCAAGUGCAGCAAAUGUAAUAAUUAUUGUAAUAUUAUUUUCCUUAAUAUAAAUAGGUUCAAAUUUAGACUUUAUCAUUUUUAUAGAUCAGGCCUGUCCAACUUGUGGCCCGCGGGCCAAAAUCGAUAAUCGCCCCUACCGGCUUGCUCUUUCAGCCGAGGGGAUGACCCUCCUCCAUUCCAUAAGAAGUCCGACAAUACAGAGGCAAGAAAGCGUGUGUACACGCUCUGACUGUCCCCACUUCUGACGCUCCAGAAAUUCCUACCCGCACGUACCUCUUGCCCCACGAUCGCAUCGCAGCGCAAGCGAGUAGUGGGGUAUGGACUGAGUGAUGGUGGGGACCGCGUCGUCUGGCGAAAUGACCCGCGGACCACAUGUUGGA